GGUUUGAAGAUUAUUGUGUGUCCUGUGGUCUCUCCGCGCAGCUCUCCCGACUAGGGGUAGAUUGGGAAGGGGGAGAAGCCCCGAGCCGCUCAGGGCUGGCGCCGCUGGGCGUUUUCUUUCGUCUUGCCUCGUUCCUCCGUGCCCCCAGCUCCUCCUCUGUGGGGAGGGUGAGUAGUUCAGUCCUACCAACAUGGCCGCCACCAUGAAGAAAGCGGCUGCAGAAGAUGUCAAUGUUACUUUUGAAGACCAACAGAAAAUUAACAAGUUUGCAAGAAAUACUAGUAGGAUCACAGAGCUGAAAGAGGAAAUAGAAGUGAAAAAGAAACAACUUCAGAAUUUGGAAGAUGCUUGUGAUGACAUCAUGAUGCUUGAUGAUGGUGAUUCACUUCUGAUACCCUACCAAAUUGGAGAUGUCUUCAUUAGUCAUUCCCAAGAAGAGACGCAAGAGAUGCUGGAGGAGGCAAAGAAAAGUUUACAAGAAGAAAUUGAAGUAUUAGAAUCCCGAGUGGAAUCAAUUCAGAGGGUGUUAUCUGACCUGAAAGUUCAGCUCUAUGCCAAGUUUGGAAAUAACAUAAAUCUUGAGGCUGAGGACAGUUAAAGGUGUUCUAAAUAUACCAUACAACUUUUCCUUGUUUUAUUAAAUAUUUUGAUAAUAUCCUUCCAAUUACGUUUUUUAAAAAUCCACCACUUUAUUUUCUUUUGUUUUUCACUUUCCUGUCUUGGGAUCCAUCUAUUUAAUGAGAGCUUUCUUAUUUUGGUUAUUGCAGUUAUUUAUUUGUUCAGGAAAGAAUUAGCUUCAUACUGUUGGUAAAGCAUCAAGAUUGGAAUAUUUGCGUUGUUUAAUAAAGUAAUGGUCAGGCACA